AUGUCAGGAUGCGCGCGAUCUCUAUUUCCGGCAGGCCGGUGCUUGUCCAGCUCGCGCCAGCUUCCCAUCUCAACAUUUAAUCGAAGGGCGUUUGCGGUUCAGUCUGGUGGUGCACCUCGCUUCCAAGUCUUCAACCGGCGCACUAAAUGGCUCCAGAAGGAGCGCACAGCUACAAACCCAGAGGAAAGCCGCGUGGCCGAUUAUUUGAAGGACGAGGUUGCGUCGCGGCUCACAGAGCGACUGCUGGAUAUCAAGCGUCACUUCCCGAAAGUUCUUGAUUUAGGUGCCAAUUCCUGCAACAUCGCAAGAGCUUUGGUGCGAGACAACCCAGACCCCGAUCCGGAACUGCCUGCCUCCUCACCUCUGGUCACCCGUAUCUCUGAGCUCGUUGCCGCCGAUUCUUCGGAAGGCCUCCUGUACCGCGAUGCGGAUCACGACUUCAACAAGCAGAUCAAUAUUACUCGUCAAGUUCUGGAUGAUGAGGAAUCACUCCCUUUCGAGCCUAAUUCCUUCGACCUUGUCAUGAGUUCUCUGAGUCUCCACUGGAUCAAUGACCUCCCAGGUGUAUUGACUCAAAUCAACAGUAUUCUCAAAGAAGAUUGUCCUUUCAUUGGUGCUAUGCUGGGAGGCGACACAUUGUUCGAGCUUCGAACAUCUCUGCAGCUCGCCGAGCAGGAGAGGCGGGGCGGCAUCUCACCACAUGUGUCUCCAUUAGCGGACGUCAAAGACGUCGGAGGCUUGCUCCAGAAGGCCGGUUUCAAGAUGCUGACGGUGGACAUCGACGAUAUCAUCGUUGAUUACCCCGACUCCUUUGCAUUGAUGCAGGAUCUUCAGGCCAUGGGUGAAGGGAACGCUAUCCUGGGACGAGAGAUGGGCCCAAUUAGCAGGGACGUUCUCCUUGCCAGUGAGGGCAUAUACCGAGAGCUUCACGGAAACCCCGAUGGUUCUAUUCCUGCUACAUUCAGAAUUAUAUACAUGAUCGGGUGGCGAGAGAGCGCGACCCAAACCAAGCCUCUGGCCAGAGGCAGUGGUGACAUCAACCUCAAGGACAUCUUAGAACAAAAGUAA